UGAUUCGUCCAAAGUAGACCAAAGCCCCGGUGAGCUGAAUGGAGUGCGAGACGUGAGCCCGGUUCAUGCUCAGAGCCUCGUUUCCAGUAAGCUUACAACGGAAAGCCCCAAUCUAUUUCCAUUGUGUUUAAAUCACCAGGAUGACGGGCAUGGUGCUGGGAGUGGGUGCUGGCGUGUUCCUCCUUGCUCUGAUCUGGGUGUUGGUGCUGCUGCUGUGUGUGCUGUUAUCCAGAGCCUCUGGGAUCGCUAGGUUCUCCAUCGUCUUCGUCUUCCUGGGUGCUCUGAUCAUCACUGCAGUUCUAUUGCUUUUCCCUCGAGCCAGUGAAUUCCCAGCCCCAGAGGUGGAAAUGAAGAUUGUAGAUGCCUUUUUCAUUGGCCGCUAUGUCCUGCUGGCUUUCCUCAGUGCUGUCUUUCUGGGAGGCCUCUUCUUGGUUCUUACUCAACAUGUGCUGGAACCAAUCUAUGCCAAACCACUGCGGUCCUGCUGAGUGCUGUACUGGAAACAUGGGACGUUUUGAUGUCCUGGAUUAGCACAGAGGCGCGCUCCAGAGCCUUGAUGACAGCCUUCAUGUCUUCAGACCAGUGGAGUGUCCGUUUGCCACUAAGACAAAGCUCUUGAGCCCCGGCUUUCAGAAACUCAGCAGCAAAGCAGACUCCGUGGGCAGAGGUUGUCACUGUCUGAAGACGGAUACGACUGACUGUCCAGUACCCAUACUGCAGGAUUCCUGUCUGUUUUGAAUGGAAAGUGGUAACUGUGAUCUGCUUGGGGUAGCUGUUAAGUAAAGCCAUCAGUCGUAGAUCUGGGGAGAAGGAGUUUGAGGGUCUGUUGGCCAACAGAAGAGCCUGGUCCCUGUUGAUAACAUCGAAGUUAUAAGUUUUUAGUUGAAUAUUUGGAGCCAUGUGAAGGAGAAAGGCGUUCGGACACAAGGGCUGCUUUACCGCGACAGUUGGGAAGUUGUGUCGGGCAGAGGUUUUUGACCACUCCUUAUGUGAUUCCACAGAGCUCUAUAAAAGCAGUGUGUGGCAUUUGCCUGAGUCCUAAUAAAGCAAUAAACAAUGACCACAGGGCUUUCUCUUCAAACUCCUGCCUACAGCUUUUGUAUAUUUACAUUUUGAGUUUGCUUAGAUGUUAAAAGAGAGAGAGAUACGGGAAUGUUAGGUGUCUCCCUGCUGCGUAUCUUGGGUCUUCUUCUCCCAGGGUUUGGUGGCCUCUCAAUGCCUAAUUUAAGUAUUUAGUAUCAUGUAAGAGUCCUCAAGCCGGGUGCUGGUGGCUCAGACAGAGGCAGGUGAAUCUCUGUGAGUUCAAGGCCAGUGUGGUCUACAGAGUGAGUUCCAGGACAGACUCCAAAAUUUUUCCUUUGGCAGUAUUGGGAAUUGAACCUAGGGUUUCACACAUGAUAGGUAAGUAUUCUACCAUCCUACCCUUCAAUUCACUUUUUAUCUUGAAGAACAAUUGUACUAGUUUACCCAGGCUGCCUUGAACUUUCUUUCCCUGUACACCAGACAGGCUCUGGACCUGCCGUCCUGCCUUAGUUUGCCAAGUCGCUGGGGAUUUAGGCCUGAACCAUCGGGCCUGGCUCUUUUUAUCUUGUUCAUCUAUUAGUUGGUUGGUUGGUUCUUUGAGGCCGGGUCUCACUAGGGAUCCUGGGCUGGCUUGAAAGCCAUCUUGAGUACUAGAAUUUCAGGUGUGCCCCAACAUGCCUACCUCUCUCUUUUCAUCUUGGGAAUGCUUUCUCCAAAGUUAGUAAGGAAUGUGUAUUCUCAGCAUUAUAACUUUAUAUUUGUCUAAUUUCCCAGAUCAAUAAAAUUUGUCACUAAAUGGGCUGGAGGGUCUAGUCUGGUUCUGCUUUGGAAGUGCCGCCCUGCCUGUCUCCAGCAGAGUAAAGAGAAGCCUUCUAGUCUGAGAGGCAGGAGAACAAGCUGGAGAGGUCAGUGCCUGCUGGAUGCUUGGGCUGCAGCGAUUCCUUUGAGACUUCAGUUUUAUAGCACUCUAUUUAUUAUGAUUGCUCUUCUUUCUAAAUAGAACAAUCCUGAGGUUUAAGGCUUCCCACAGCAGCCA